AGUGAGCAGCUGAUCGCGCCUCCGAACAGGGGCUGCUCUGCAAUGCGUUCCAUAAACCCUAAAAUAUUUUCUAGGGUUCUUGAUGGAGCUCAGCAAAUAUGCCGUGGGACGCGUCGAUAGCAUCUUCUACAUUCCGGAUUUCAUCACUGCCGCCGAGCAGAGCUUCCUGCUCCAUCAGGUAAAUUCCGCUCCUAGCUCGAAAUGGAAGACGCUCACGAAUCGGCGGCUCCAAAACUGGGGUGGAAUCGUCGAAUCGAAUGGCCUCGUGCCUCAACCAUUGCCUUCUUGGCUCACAAAGAUCACCGAGAAGAUUUCUAGCGUGACAGGACUGUUUCCAUCGCCGAUCAAUCACGUCCUCGUCAAUGAAUAUCUUCCGGGCCAGGGAAUCAUGCUCCAUCAAGAUGGUCCAAGCUAUUUUCCCGUAGUAGCAAUUCUCUCUCUCGGCGCUCCAACUCUGAUGAGAUUCAAACCGCACCUUCGAUUGAUCGAAGCCACGAAGGAUUUGGAAAAAGCGCCAGAGAACACAAGCGUGGCUUUGCUGCCUGGAAGCUUGCUAAUCUUCAAAGAUGCUGCCUAUCAAGACUAUCUCCAUGGGAUUGACGAAUCCAGAGAGCAUCGUCUGGACGACAAUGUCUCUAACACUCAUCUUCUCGAUCCAAAAACAUCCAUUCUCCAGCAAAACGAAGCUCGCGUUUCUCUCACUUGCCGUUUCGUUCCAAAGCUCCGGCGAAAUUUCAUCAAACUAUAGACAUGAUAGUCGCAAUUUCAUCAAACUAUAGACAUGACAACACUAGAGACAUAGAAAAUGCUUGUACUGAGAAUAUGCCGGUUUAAAAAGGUUUUAAAGGAAGGAGGCAAAA